GUAUCCGCGGCCAUAGGGAUGCUGGCCGCCAGUGACCGGCCGGACGACCAGACCGGUGAGGCGUUGCGGUGCGGUGAAGCGGUAAAUGCAGCGAGUGCGGCCACACUGCUCGUCGAGCUUUUGGGAAUCGGAGGGCCUGACGUACAGGAACGCGGUUACGUGCUGACUGGGUUGCCCAGACACGAUCCAGGGCUGAGUGCGUGCGAACAAAUGGCUGCGGUAUUCACUACGAAUCCACCAGACGUAUUGAUUUAUAUGAGUUGUCGUAAUCAGGAUUUAAUCCAUAUGCAUAACGGACUGACUUUAGAAUCCAUGGAACACGAUAAACUUACGCAAACGUUACAUCUGAGCAACGCAAAAUACAAUCACAUGCGCGUUUAUUGGCACAAUAAGACGUUUAUAAGCAAGAAGAUGAUUGAACUGGAUCUUCAGAAUUACGAAAAUUAUUCACUGAAAGUAAUAGACGAAAUAGUCAAACAGUUCGAUCCCACAUGCGUGAUAACCGUGGACGGCAGAAAACCAGUGAAUGAAUUAUUCGAAACGGUCAAAUCGAAAUUAAUGACGAUGCCACUGCAAUACACCGUGUUACCGGAAAUCGUAGAGGUCCGGACAAAAUCCGUUUCGCCAGAAGAUUACGAACACGGUGGUUCCGAGUUUGAAUUCGAAUUGGAAUCGAACGAGGCGGAAACGGUAGCAAGCAAUACGGAGCGCGUAAGCGAUACGACUCAAAUACGCGAUGAAAAUGAACAAAGCGGUAAUACACGUAACGAGAAAAUACGUAUAACGUCUGAGUUCGGUCGUCUGUGUCCUGUAAACUUUUCUAACGGUCGAUUCGUAUUGGGUAGCGACCGUUAUUGUAUGAAGUAUAUGGGGAAAUUGUACUACUUCGCCGGGCCCAAUGAAAUGCAGUCGUUUGGUAAAUACCCGAAACGAUUUUUGAAAAUCCCGACGUACGGGAUGCCUAUUAGAGCCAUGUUUUACGGUCCCAAGACGUUGACGAACACGGCUGCAAAGGCUGCACGUCAUUUAUUCCAUUAUAACGUUAUAGAUGUUGGGUAUAUAAUGCAGUUACAUGAAAAAAACAUAAAACAAGAGUAUUCGGCUGCGAUCGUUAAUUCUAUACUAAAAACUGCAGAGGUCAUAAAACCAAAAGAAAUUCAAUCUAAUGACAUCAGCACCAUGCGAAACGCGAUUGCUGAUUGGACACGCCUGCGAUUUGGUGUAACCGUAGGAUCUGAUUUGAAUGGUGUAGGAGAUGAAAGUGAAUACGAAACGUAUGAAGACAUCUCAGAUCAAAAAAAACAAGACGUGGAUGAAUUUAUUAAAAAGAAGCAAUUAAAAGAUUUCUUCGAAUUAUAUGACAUAGAUUUUUUAGAUGAUUUACAUGCAUGCAUUCGUGCAUACGAAGAACCGGAAAGACUAACAAAAUAUUUACAAAAUAUGUCAAAAAAAAAUAGAAAGAUUUUUAGGAACGACUUCAUUAAAAGAAUAAAAAUUAUUAAACCUGAUCUAAUAAAUAUUAUUGUUGAUACUGUGCAAAUAAAAAACAAACACAAAAAAAAUUGGAUUAUAAUAAACGCCCCAUUAGAUUUUGGAUUAGUGAAAAAAUUAGUCGAUGAAAACCUUAAUCCCAUUCAGAUGGUAUUUUUUCAUGACUCUGAUCCAAUGCACAAUAUAUUAUUAUUGGAUGAAGAAACUAUGAACAACAACUAUCGAAGUAACUAUACAGAAAUCUUAGAUAAUGUGAAAAAUGGAAUAAUGUAUGGAACGACAGUAGAAAAAAUAAAAUAUCCAGAAUUCGUCAAUAAAAUUGAAAACUCGUCAUAUAUUUCCAACACUGAGGAUAAUUUUUUUGAAGUCGAAGAUGAAACUUUAGAAUAUGAGAAACAUGAACAAGUUGACAUCAUAAGUCACGAUCACUUAAUGGGAAUAAUCGUGCCAGUAAUAACAGAGCGAUUAAAUCAAUAUACAGAAAACCUUCUCGAACAAUGGUAUACUUUGAAAUCUAAUAUUUCUAAAGAAACAAACCAGUUUAUGGAUUUUAAUAUCAUUGAAUGCAAACCCAACUCUUCAUAUAAUUCACUGAGAAUUUUAAUCGAAGACACUUUAUACUAUUUAAAGAAGUUUUUGACAGAUAUUGUACACGAUGUAUCCACGUUAGAUGUCAAUGAUACUGUACCCACUAGAGGAAAAUAUGAUGGUAAUACUUCCAUCUAUUGCCCGGUGAGGUUUUCAAAUGGUAAACUCUCUAUUGGAUCUAAAAAACACAUGGCAGUUUAUCGUAAUAGGUAUUAUUACAUGAGCUCGUCCAACGACUUUAAAACGUUUAUUUCUAAUCCUGAUAGAUAUACAUUGUUUACUAGUGUCCCAAAAAUGUAUCCUAAACCUAAAAUAUCUCUACUCUUUCCAUUUGGUCUCAGUUCAGAAGAUUUUAUCAACGAAAUAUUAAAUAAAUUUGAUUUGACUCUGGUAGACUCGUAUAAAGUAUUUAGACACAACGUUUUACCAAAAAAUAUAAAAAUGGUAGGUAAAAUGUACGAGGAACCGACGCUUAAGAAGAUUUUUGAUAAAUAUUUUAUUACGGAAGAACAGAAGGAUUAUAUUAACAGCCUCAGAAAGUAUAUGGAUAAAGAAAGUGCUUACUUGAACGAUGAGGACUGGUUAAAAAUGAAUUCGAUUUUUUUUCAAAACAACGAAGGAAUAUGUUAUAAAAAUUACCCUAAAACUUUGACAGAACUGAAGUAUUUAAAUGAAAAUGAAAUAAAUCCUGAUGUCAUUAUCGAGGUAGUUUCUGAAAAACACAUUGAAAAAGAACACGCCAAAACAUCAGUCAUUCAAAACUGGUUAAAUUAUCAAUAUAUAUUGAUCGAUAUGAUCAUUGCGCGAGAUAGCGAGACAAGACAAAAUGCUAUUAAUAACAGAUCAGUGUUGUUUAAGCAAAAACUAGCGGAGAUCAUAAAACAAAAAGAAAUGUACAGAAUAAAAAUGCGUUUAGAGCGCCUUAUCAGAAUGAUUGUAGCGGAAACAACGGUAGAAGGGCCGAACGCCGUCAAAUCCAUAUGCGAUGCCCGACAACCAGAAAAGUUGUAUCACAAGUCUACACUGUCCUCCAUAUCGGAUCUGUUAUCUAGAUACACAAAACUGACGUUGAAACAGAAAAAAAUCAUCAUUGAUCGUGGAUUGGAAGUAAGCGAUUUCCUGGAUUUGGACGAUUUCGAUACGUUGGACGAAAUCGACGAGACGGUUAACAACGAGUUUCCCGACAACAAGUACUUGAUAUCGCAAUGCUUUUCCGACAGCUUUGAAUUCCCGCCGGACGCCAUGAUUCAGCGAUACCUGGACGAGGAGAAAGGCGCGCUAGCGGUAAUGCGAGAGUUUGCCGAAAAGUCCAACAUCCCGUGGAUAACCGUAUCGAGUCCGGAUUCCCAAUUGGACGCACUUCGCGACAUCGCCGAGGCGUUGGCGGCAAACGUCGACAAGCCGUUCGAGACGACGUACGACGUGGACCCGGACACUUCGGAGGACAUGUUGCGUGCAGGUGAAGUGCACCUGAGCCAGUUCGGUCGGUGGUGUCCGGUGCAAGCGUUUCGCUGUUCGACCGACCCAACAGUAGUCCGACGAUUUUGCCCUGACACGGAUAACGUGCAGCCGAUCGUCCACCGGAAGUACGUGUACUACGUGUCCGGCGGGCCGGAAAACAGGGAAGAGUUCGCUCGUCGGCCGCUCAAGUAUGUCGGUCUCGGACAGCCGUCUACUAUUCCGCUAUCACCGUCGCCGCCGAGUUUCCCACUAAAGAUCGCGGUGGUCGGUCCACCCGGAAGCGGUAAGUCACAUUGUGCCCGAGAACUGUGCGCUCGGUACGGUCUGCAGUUAAUCCGGGUCGAGGACGCCGUCGGCGCUCUGCUGACGCAGUUCCGGUGGACAGACGUCGCAAAAACAGCCGUGGGCACGUUGCGUCACGGCGACGGGCUGUCCGAGGACGCGGUGGCGGAAGCGGUGACCACGGCCACUUUCAGCAGCCAGUCAACGAUUCGGGGCUACGUGAUCGAUGGAUAUCCGGUGACCGAGAAGCAGUUCAAGCUGUUGGAUGCGGCCGGCGUCAUGCUGCACGCCGUGUUCGUCCUGCGACAGGAUGGAGGUGGCGGAGACGGUCGACCGGAAGAGGGUGCGGCGCUGCUGCGGUUCAGGCGCGACGCCUGGAAGGCGGCGUUUGUCGGUCUGCCUUGGAUUUCGGAUCGAUACGGCAACGCCGACGGUUUCGCGUCCACGGACGUCGACGGCAUGGCCGCGGCUGCUUCGGAGCGCGUCCGGUCGGUGCUCACGUACCGGACAGACGUCCGGGAUAAUCGCCCGUGCAGGCUGUCGGGGGUUCCGGUCACGGGCCGCGAAUGCCGGAACAAUCUCAGCACAUACGUGGACAUGUGUCCGGUAUGCAAAACGGACGACAGACGCAUGAACCGGCCCCGCGACCCACAAGCUAUGAGACGUUCCGCUGUGCAGUACCUGUCCUACGUCUACUGGACGUGCGGACCGGAACACGAGACGUCGUUCGUCGGCGAUCCGGACCGGUACGCGGGUGCGGCGCCGGUUUCGCCGGACCCGUAUCCGGUGGCCACCACGGACGGCAAAUUGGCCCGGAACCCGUACUUUCGGUGCAAGCUCUCGUCCGAGUAUUGCGCGGUAUGCGCGCUGACGUGCUUGUGGAGCCCGGCGUACAUCCGCGGCCGCCCAGAACUGAUGGUCGCCUACCGGAACCGCGCGUACACGUUCUGCUCGUUCCGGUGCCGACGGACGUUUUCGGAGCGACCGACGCUAUACGCGGACUAUACGAUGCGUGUCAGAGGCCCGGAACGACCGCUUAUGUCGUCGUCAGACCACCAGCCCUGGGACCGGGAACAGCUUGACGGUUUGCCUGUGCUCGGUUACCUGGAACAGACUGUGGCCGCGGCCGUCAGUUCAGCACUUGCCGGGCUGACGGCCAUAAAGCCCGUGUAUCCGGGCCUGACGGCCGCGACCUCGGCCAUGGUCUAUUUAGGGCUGCACGUGGGUAGGAACGGCGGCUGUGACAGCGACGUGGCCGAGUACUAUCGCGAAGCUUUCAAACGAUUCGUCGACACCUGUCACGGUUUCAAAAUCGAGACGUUCAAAUUGAAAUCGUUAAUGUAA